UAUGUAUGCGUGCAUAUAUGUAUAUAGAUUUUCAAUUAUGUAAUAAUAUUUAUAGCUUAUUUUAACAAAUUAUUGGAAAAGAUAUUAUUAAUUAAUUAAUUAAUUAAUUAUUGAUCAUAAAUAAAUGGCGAUCAAGUUUGGUUAGAAAAGUAUAAACACAAAUGAAUUUUUUGAAAAUAAAAUAAUUAUAGUUUUCAUUUCAUUGAAUUCAUUAAAUCAUUUUAUCUUUUUUUUUUUUUUUUAUAUUUUCUCGAUUACACAUUCGAUGCUUUAAUUACGAAAUUUUAUGCAUUGAAAGAAAUUCUAUUUUCUAGAUAUCUAUUUUCACAAACGAAUAACAACACAUUUGUGAAUAUAUUGAACAGUGUUACCAAAUGAGGAAAUAAGAAAUGUAUGCAAUUUUAUUAUAAUUAUUUUAACAUAUUAAAUAUAAACAAGCAAGUUACUAUAUCUAAAAGAAACAUUUUUAUUACAAUUUCGAUUAAAAAAUGGAUUAAUUCGAAAGGAGAACAUAGUUAUGAACAACAAACAAAUUUGUAUAUAAAAAUUAAUUGAUGAUGGCAGCAGAUCCACUAUUUGAGCAUGAUUAACGAUUUACAAUGGCUUUUUAUACGAAUUUUUCGAAAUUACUUCAUCUGAACAAAUUAUUUCAAAAUCAAGGGAAAAAAUGGCAAAGGAUGAAAUAUAUAUCUCCGAUACGAUUUCAUCAAUCUAUAGCAAGAAGUAUUAGUAAUUUUGAGAGUUCAAAACGAGUAGUAAAAGGUGUAUUUAUUUUGUCUUAUAAGCCCGAGCAUCAGCAACAAAUUUAUACAAAUGAUUUGUCGAAAAAAAACGUAGAAUGUAAAAAUUUCUUUGAUAUCAUUUUAAUCAUGGCAAGAAUAUUUGUGAUAGGUUCUGUUCUUACUGGAUUGGCUGUUGGAUAUAUUAUUACACGUUUUACACAUGGACACAUGUUCCCGAUAAUCCUUCGGAAAAGUAUCGAAUUUCUUGGACCAAUUUUUAUAAAAUUUGGCCAAUGGGCAUCCACGCGAAAAGAUUUGUUUCCCGAAGAUAUUUGUCACACGCUAUCGCAUUUGCAAAAAAGUGCUUCUGUACAUUCAUGGAUUUAUACAAAACAAUUGCUUAAAGCUAUAUACGGUUCGAACUGGAGGAACAUAUUCGUAAAAUUCGAACACGAGAUGCCUAUUGGAUCAGGAUGUUGUGCUCAGGUAUACAAGGCAUGGAUAGAUCUAAAUGCCAAAGUGGAUAUAGCACAGGAACCUCAAAUAUCUACAUUUAUUGAAAUUAUUGAAUAUUUAAGAUUCGGUUCACUGAUUACUUUUAUUGAGAGAAUAUUUAAUAAUAACGUUGAUAAAAUACAACGUGGUAAUAUGUGUAUCAAUCGAAAACUGCAACCAGUAGCAGUAAAAGUUUUACAUCCUGGAAUCAAAAAACAAUUAAGAAGAGAUCUUUCUAUAAUGAGAGGAAUCUGCAAAUGUGCAACAUUCAUCAUGCCUAAAUUACAAUGGCUUAGUCUCAUCGAUUGUAUCGAUGAAUUUUCCCAUAUAAUGGAAAAUCAAGUCGAUAUGAAUUUGGAAGCAGAGAAUUUGAUUCAAUUUUCUAAAAAUUUUUCUAACAAAAAGGAAGUUAUAUUUCCACAACCUUAUAAAAAUUUUACGCAACACGAGAUACUCGUGGAAAGUUUUCACGAAGGUUCUCCAAUUUCUAACUAUCUCGACGAUCAAAAUACCAAAUUGCAAGGGAAAUUGGCUAGAAUGGGGGUUAAAACGAUUUUAAAAAUGGUUGGAAAUCUUGUAAAUUUUCGAUUCAAUAUUGGUAUCGAAUUUAUUGAUUUUUUUAAUUACAAUUUAUCGAGUAAAUUGCAGGUAUUUAACGACAAUUUCAUUCAUUGUGACUUGCACCCUGGUAACAUUUUGGUACAAACAAACUAUGAGUCGAGCGGAAAAAUUAGCACAUGGUUUUGGAGAUUUAUCGACCGCAACUACUUACCGACUUAUCCACGCUUGGUCAUUCUCGAUUGCGGUUUAGUGGUGUCUCUGAAUGAUCGUUGUCGGCAAAAUCUCAAGGAUGUUUUCCGUUCGGUGGUCAUGGGAAAAGGUGAAUUAGCUGCAGAGUACAUAUUGGAACACAGUUCGCACGUAUCCAUCGAUCCAGACGGUUUCAAGAAUGCAAUCAAAAAUAUUGUAAACACGCAUCUUCAAAGUAGAACCAAUGUGAAUUUUUAAAAAAUUUU